CAUGAGGUCAAAAUCCAUGACAUUCCAGUUUUGACCCUUGAGAGUGAAAGCUACAAAGUUUAUUCGAAAUACCCCAAUAAUCACGGGCGGGGUCCGAGUUAAGACAGCAGACCCAACUCGGCACUUGGGUUCUUUUCCUUCGAAACAUAAUCCUCGAAAGGAGAGAAUAGAGAAAGGGAUAGGCAAUCUCGCAAAACUAUCACUAAAUCAAAAUGGCACCCCCUUUUCGAAACGAUCAUGUUGGAUCUCUAUUGAGACCUAAAGAGCUCCUUGAGGCGCGGGCAAGUCUGAGCUCUCCGUCUCAGAUGUACUCGCUUGAGAUACCGGAGACUGCCAAAGUAGCUGAGCGAGAAGCCAUCCGAAAGAUCGUGCAACUCCAGUUAGAAAAAGGUAUCUGGCCCAUUACAGACGGAGAGUAUGCGAGACACAUUUAUUAUGGGGGAUUCUUUGAGAAGCUGGGCGGUUUCGAGGCACGUCCGACGCUGCCGAUCCCGGAUGCGUUCCGCACUAAUUUUCCCACGACGACGAGACUCGCCGAGAUGGGCGCCAAAACCCGCGCCGCCGUUGUCUGCACGGGUAAGAUCACGUAUGAGAAGUCUCCUUAUCUGUCCGAGUGGCUCUCACUACGUGAGAACCUACCCCAGGAUUUGUGGAGCGCCGCCAAGAUCACUGUUCCAGCUCCCUCAUAUCAGCAUAUCCAGCUGAAACCGGGGACGGCGUGGACGGCCGAUUCAGGCUACACUUCGGACGAAGAAUACUUCGAUGAUAUAGCAAAAUGCUAUGCGGCGGAGCUGCAGACGUUGUACGAUGCCGGCUUGCGCAAUAUUCAGGUCGAUGAUCCGCAUCUCACGUACUUUGCGUCGUCCAUGUUCCUCGAGGGCUGCAACAAAGACGGUACCAACACAGAUGAGCUCCUAGAUCUGUACACCCGCACGCACAAUAAACUCCUUUCCAAGAAACCGAAGGACUUGCAUAUGGGAAUGCAUCUCUGUCGCGGUAAUAUGUCCGGUUCCGUGAAUUGGGUGGAGGGCUCGUACGAGGUUAUUGCGAAGAAAUUGUUCAAUGAGACAGACUAUGAGACGUAUUACCUUGAGUUCGACGAUGUUGAGCGUGCUGGCGGCUUUGAACCUUUGAGGUUUUUGCCCCGGGGUAAGAAUGUCGUUUUGGGUCUCGUCUCAACUAAGAAGGCUGAGCUUGAAGAUCUGCGGGAUAUCAAAGAGAAGAUCCAGAUGGCUGCUAAAGUUAUUGCUGAUGCUCAGGGAGUUGCGGUAUCUGAGGCUUUAGAUUGCCUUGCUGUCAGCCCGCAAUGUGGGUUCAGUAGCAGUAGUUUGGCUGGGGGGAAGAAUAUGACUGAGGAAAGAAUGUGGGAAAAGCUCGAGCUUGUCAAGAAAGUCGCCGAUGAAGUAUGGGGUUGAAGCUGCUGUUCGC